GGCAGUAUCAGCGGGUAAAUGUUCCUGAAGACCAAGCAGACAAGUUGCUCCUUGCAAGCUGGAGUCUUCCCAAAGCAGUUCUGGAGAAAUACCACAGUCUGGGAGUCGUGCAGAUGUUUGAAUGGCAAGCAGAAUGCCUAAUGCUCGGAGAAGUUCUGGAAGGGAAGAACCUAGUUUACUCAGCUCCUACCAGUGCUGGAAAGACUCUUGUUGCAGAAUUGCUUAUUUUGAAACGAGUCCUGGAGACUCGUAAGAAAGCUCUUUUCAUCCUUCCCUUUGUCUCUGUGGCCAAGGAGAAAAAAUGUUAUCUGCAGGCCCUCUUUCAGGAGGUGGAUGUGAGAGUUGAAGGCUACAUGGGAAGCAUGUCUCCUGCUGGACGUUUCUCUGCCCUGGAUGUUGCUGUCUGCACCAUUGAGAAAGCCAAUGGUCUAAUCAAUAGACUAAUAGAAGAAAACAAAAUGGACUCACUGGGAGUGGUGGUUGUGGAUGAGUUGCACAUGCUGGGAGACUCUCAUCGAGGAUAUCUACUGGAACUCCUUCUGACCAAAGUUAGAUAUGUUACAGAGAAGGUUGAAAAACGACAAGCGAAGAUGCCUGGUCCUGGUUUUGGUGGGAUACAGAUAGUAGGCAUGAGUGCUACCCUCCCUAACUUGGGACUCCUAGCCUCAUGGUUAGAUGCAGAGCUAUACUGUACGGAUUUUCGCCCUGUGCCCCUCAAGGAGUGGGUGAAAAUUGGCAGCAACAUUUAUGACUCCUCCAUGAAUUUAGUGCGAGAAUUCCAGCCCAAGCUUCAAGUGAAGGGAGAUGAAGACCAUGUUGUGAGCCUGUGCUAUGAGACUGUUUGUGAUGGCCAUUCAGUCCUGCUUUUCUGUCCAUCAAAGACCUGGUGUGAGAAGCUGGCAGACGUCAUUGCCAGGGAAUUCUACAGUUUGCAACAGGCUGAGAGUUCUGCAAAAAACUCACCGCUUUCCCCAGUUGCUGUGGACAGAGAAGAGAUUGAUGAAGUUCUGGAUCAGCUGAAGCGUUCUAUCUCAGGCCUGGACUCUGUGCUCCAACGUACUUUGCCAUGGGGAGUGGCAUUUCAUCAUGCAGGCCUUACUUUUGAUGAAAGGGACAUCAUUGAAGGAGCCUUUCGCCAGGGCUUGAUUAGAGUCCUAGCAGCAACCUCCACGCUCUCGUCUGGAGUGAAUUUGCCUGCACGCCGAGUGAUUAUACGAACUCCCAUGUUUGGUGGCAAACUGCUGGACAUUCUCACUUACAAGCAGAUGGCUGGAAGGGCUGGCAGGAAAGGAGUAGACACAGAGGGUGAGAGCAUUUUAGUUUGCAAGCCCUCAGAAAGAUCAAAAGGAACUGCUCUACUUCAGGGAUCUCUCAAGCCUGUUUGCAGUUGUUUGCUUAGAAGAGAAGGGGAAGGUGUUGCUUCUAGCAUGAAAAGAGCAAUACUUGAGAUCAUAGUGGGGGGAGUGGCCAACACUCCAGAUGAUGUGCAGACAUAUGCUUCUUGCACUCUUCUUGCAUCCAGCUUGAAAGAAAGCAAGCGAGGAAAUGAGAAAGCACAAGACAAAGCACAGACUGGACCUAUUGAGGCUUGUGUGGCAUGGCUGCUGGAAAAUGAAUUCAUUCAGGUUCUGGACUCCAGCAAUGAUGCGAAAGCAAAGGUUUAUCAUCCAACACAUCUUGGCUCAGCUACUCUUUCCUCUUCUCUUUCACCAACUGAAGCCAUGGAAAUCUUUGCUGACCUGCAGCGAGCUAUGAAAAGCUUUGUUCUGGAGAACGAUCUGCAUAUUGUCUAUUUGAUCACCCCAGUGUAUGAGGAUUGGACCACAAUUGAUUGGUACCAGUUUUUCUGCUUAUGGGAGAAGCUGCCUGCCUCCAUGAAACGUGUGGCCGAGCUGGUGGGGAUUGAAGAAGGCUUUCUGGCUCGCUCUAUAAAGGGCAAAAUCAUAGCUAAAACAGAGAAACAGCAUAGACAAAUGGCCAUCCACAAAAGGUUUUUCACCAGUCUUGCCCUUGUGGAUUUAAUCAGUGAGGUUCCCUUAAAGGAUAUGACCAAGAAAUACGGAUGUAGUCGUGGCCAACUUCAAUCCUUGCAGCAGUCUGCUGCCACCUAUGCGGGAAUGGUAACGGUUUUCUGUAAUCGACUGGGCUGGCACAACAUGGAGCUGUUGCUCUCUCAGUUCCAGAGCCGCCUCACUUUUGGGGUUCAUAGGGAGCUUUGUGACCUGGUACGAGUGUCUUUGCUGAAUGCACGUUGUGCUAGGAUGCUUUACAACGCUGGCUUUGUCACAGUGGCUGAUCUUGCUAAAGCCAGUCCUGAUGAUGUGGCAACUGCUCUGAAGAAUUCAGUACCAUUCAAAAGUGUUCGUAGGGCUGUGGAUGAAGAUGAAGAAUCAGCAGAGGAGCGUCGGACUGCGCGCAGCAUCUGGAUGGCUGGAAUGAAAGGCUUAACCGAAAGAGAAGCAGCUUCCCUCAUUGUGGAGGAAGCCAGGGGACUUCUCCAGGAGGAUUUGGCACUGAUGGGAGUGCAAUGGAACCCAGAGUCUCUUCUCGAGUCUGAUACAUCCUCUAUGAUGAGCAGUGAGUCAGAACUGGAACACAGACUAGGCAGAUCAAAUGGAGAGCAGUCUUCUGAGUCUUCUACGGCGUUAAACAAAAAAGGGUGUAGAGUUCAACAUUGUAAUGGCCUUGGUUCUCAGACUGGAAACUUAUCAAAUAUUAAAAAGGGAUAUAAAAGGAGACUAAGCGGUAGUACAGAAAACUCCAGAUUUGAGUGUGAAGUCCCAGGCAGGAGACAGGCUCGAGCAGAGGAAGGCAGUGAUGAUAUUGUGUACAGUGCUAGAAAACGGCCAACUAUGUGCAGAGAUAAUGAAAAUGUAGCAGGAAUUUCUCUGGUCAAAACCAAGAUGGAUUCCAGGAGAGCAAUUCCAGAACUCCCUACUGAACAAGGGAAAACGCCAACAUUGAGAACAAAGUCUUCAGCCUCUAGAUUGAUAAAAAAUGCUAGCUGUGCUGAGGUGAUGAUUGGUAAGCAGCAGAUGGCUGUAGACACAGAUCACUGUAACGUAACUGCUAGCUGCUCUAGAAGUGGACACGUCCAUAGUGGCAGCAGGAUACGGAAGCCUGUGCAUUUUUGUCCUGCUGAGGAUAUAUCCUGCCAUAUUCAGAUUCAGAAUGGUGGCAAAAAUGGGAGCGAAAAGCCUAAUGGAAUAUUGUUACAAGCUGGAGCACUGCAGAAAGCCAGCAGUCAUCUUAAGGAUUUUCUGAAAGACACUCUAGUAAAAUCCAGAGGCGUUUGCAAUGCAGAUGAUGUUCAGAAUGGUUCAUCCUCUGAUCAGUUUUCUGACUCUAGGGACUUUGAAGAUAGCUUCCAGUUGGAUACUCAAACUGAGAUGAUAAUAAAACAGGAGGGAGCAGCUGGAAUCACAGGACAGCAGGGAAUACAAGGUUCAGAGCUGGCAGCAAUACCACGGCAGGAAAUCUCCAAGAAACUAAGCACUUCACGGACUGAGAAUGCUACUGAUGAAAGGCUGGCUGCAACAGUUAGGAAACUGGGCUUAUCGAGUCUUAUCACAACACAUAACAUUACAAAAAACACAGCUCAGCACUGCAGUAAUAAAGUUUUGGAGUCUGGAGGCCAUAAUUUACAGCCUGUAGCGAAGGAAAUAAAAUCUGCACCUUGCCUUAAAGAAACCGAUUUCUCAGUGACCGACUCCCAGCUACACAGUUUUCUACAAGAUUACCAGACCCAAAGUUCAGAGAGUGUGUCUAAAGACUCUAGUAAAGCAACCUCCCAUUUUGAUAGGGAGCACAUUGUACAAGUAGAAUGCCACCCUGUCCCUGAAACAAGCCUGAAUAUGAGUGAUAGCUUGCUGUUUGAUGAUAGCUUUAGUAAUGUCAGUGACCUUUCAGCUGUUCACAUCACAGAAGCUGACAGAAAGGACCCUGUGGAGAAGCAAGAGGCUUUGCUUCCUCCAGAUGGUCUUUUGCAGAACCUAAGACCUGUUCAGAAUAAAUUUGAUGUCAGUAGCAACCAGAAAGAGCAUGAGAAUCCUGCGCAGUGUGAUGUUGUGUCUCUAGCAUUCUCUGAUCUAAUAGCUGAAGUUUUAGAUCAUGCAAAUUCCCCAUCUUUUUUGGAAGAUCUUCCUUCUACACUUCAUGGUCAGCCAGGAUUAAGAAACCCAGUGAUUUGUAACAAUGUCUGCAGACCAAAGGAAUUAGUAGGAGAUCAAGGUGAAAAGCUCCAGAGAAGCCAGCAAGCUUUAGACAAGAAAACCCAUCCAGUGGUGUGGACUGAACACUCGUUUGAACUAAGCCCAGGAUUGCAGGAUGUAUUAGACAAAUGGCCUAGUCCCUCAGGCACUGAAUCGGUUUCAGGAAGCAACAGAACAUCCUGUCCUCCACCAGAUAGUAAUAACGGGUUUAUUCCUCCAACACCUCCCAAAGAGCUUUUUCCAAGGAGUUCCGUUUCUCUCUCUGUGAAAUCUGCAAGGAAGAGACAAGUCGCCUGCGUGAAUGAAGGGCAGCUGAUUGAGCCACUGCAGAAUAGCAAGGGCAAUGCAGAGCAGCAGGUAAAAACACUCCAGGUCAAUCCUGGGAGUGUAGACCCAAUUGAGACUGAUGAGAUAAAAGAUGAUUCCACUAUAGACCAAGGCUUUUCACUGCAGCUAUCUCAGGAUGUUUUUCCACUUGUUCCCUUAAGUGCUGAAAGUUUCACUAUUAUUGAUGUAGCAAGCGACAAAGCACUUUUCCAGACUUUUGUUGCAGAAUGGAAGGAGAAAAGCAGAUUCUCCAUCUCAGUGGCAUGCGAAAGAACAAAAUGUCUUUUGUCUCCCAAAUCAACGAUUGGUGGCAAAUUCAAAAAAGUAAGUUCUCCUCAGUGGAUGCAAGUUAAAGAUGACGGAUUUCCUGUCCAAGGCUACGAAGACAUCUUGGUAGUUGGACUGGCAGUAUGUUGGGGUGGAAAAGAUGCCUACUAUAUCUCUCUGCAGCAGAGACAAGACCAGACUGAAAUCAGUAUGAGUUUGGCACCGCCACCUUUGGACAAAAACCUGUCUGUAACAGAGAGACUGUAUCAUCUGCAGCUGUACCUGCAGAAGAAGCCCAAGCAGGAGCGCUCACUUGUUGUGUAUAACUUCAUUCAGCACUACAAGACUCUGGUGAUGGCUUGUGGCAUCUCCUUGGAAGGAAGUUUUGAGGACCCAAAGGUUGCAUGUUGGCUGCUUGAUUCUGGCUCUAAGGAACGUACACUUCACAACAUGGUGACUAACUUUCUCCCCAACGAGUUACCUCUACUGGAAGGGGUAGGCACCGGCCAAGGUGUGCAGAGCCUGGGGCUUAGUGCCAGCGGAGAUCAUUCUGGGCGGUACAGAGCAGCAAUAGAGUCUGUGCUUGUCUUCAGUGUCAUGAACCAACUCCAUAAUGAAUUACAGAAGGAAAAUCUGACAGAAGUAUUUUCUAAAGUGGAGAUGCCCACCCAUUAUUGCUUGGCUCUGCUGGAGCUGAAUGGCAUUGGUUUUAGUACAACAGCAUAUGAAACCCAGAAACAGGUCAUGCAAGCUAAACUGAGCGAGAUUGAGACCAAGGCAUAUCAGCUGGCAGGCCACAGCUUCUCCUUGACCAGCCCUGAUGACAUUGCAGAGGUUUUGUUCCUGGAGCUGAAGUUGCCGCAAAAUGGAGAUGUGAAAAUUCAAGGGAACAAGAGAACUCUGGGUUACACCAGAAGAACAACUGCUAAGGGAAACAGGGUUAGGUUGAGCAAGCAGUUCAGUACAACCAAGGAUGUUUUGGAGAAAUUAAAGACACUUCACCCAUUGCCAGGGCUGAUACUGGAAUGGAGGAGGAUCAACAAUGCCAUUACUAAAGUGGUGUUUCCACUACAGAGGGAAAAGCGAUUGAAUUCCGCACUGGGAAUGGAAAGGAUAUAUCCAGUGUCACAGACUCACACAGCUACAGGUCGAAUAACCUUCACAGAGCCAAAUAUCCAGAACGUGCCAAGAGAUUUUGAGAUUGAAAUGCCAACUGUGGUUGAAGAAAGCCCACCUUCCCGAGCCCAUGCAAAUGUUAAUUGUCAUGCUCUUUCUGCGGGCAGAUGCAGAAAGCGUUCCAGUAUUUUGCCUAUUGGCCUAAAAGUUCAGGCUGAAGACAGAUCCGAAGAAAGAGGAAUACCGUUUUCUGUUAGCAUGAGGCAUGCCUUUGUUCCCUUCCCAGGUGGCUUAAUCUUGGCUGCUGAUUACUCUCAGCUUGAACUGAGGAUCCUUGCUCAUUUGUCUUGUGACUGUCGACUCAUCCAAGCCUUGAACAAGGGUACUGAUGUCUUUAAGAGCAUUGCAGCAGAAUGGAAAAUGAUUGAUCCUGAAGCUGUUGGAGAUAGGACCAGGCAACAAGCUAAACAGAUUUGCUAUGGAAUCAUCUAUGGAAUAGGAGCAAAAUCUUUAGGCGAGCAGAUGGGAAUUGAUGAAAAUGAAGCUGCCAAUUACAUUGAAUCCUUCAAAUCAAGAUACACAGGGAUUCAGAAAUUCUUGAGGGAGACAGUGAGGAGCUGCAGGAGAGAUGGGUUUGUGCAGACCAUUCUGGGAAGACGGAGAUACCUGCCAGCUAUCAAAGAUCCAAACCCCUACAGUAAAGCUCAUGCAGAGCGACAGGCUGUGAAUACAACUGUUCAGGGAUCUGCUGCAGACAUUGUCAAAACAGCCACUGUGAACAUUCAGAGACGCCUGGAAGCUUUCUCCUCUGUGAUCAAGUCCCACGGACAUCUGGAGAGCUCCUUCCAGAGAGAUAAGACCGGAAGGCUAGCAAGGAAGAGAAACAGAGGGAUGUUACAUCCCAUCAGCGGAGGUUUCUUCAUCCUCCAACUCCAUGAUGAGCUCCUCUAUGAAGUUGCAGAGGACGAUGCCAUCCAGGUCGCUCAGAUUGUCAAGCAUGAGAUGGAAAACGCCAUCAAACUCUCGGUAAAACUGAACGUUAAAGUGAAAAUUGGACCUAGCUGGGGAGACCUGCAGGACCUGGAGCUCUGA